AGCUUGGCCAUAAAAUAAUUAAUUAAAUUCACGAAAUGUGGUAUAUAGCAGUCAUAGCUCACACUCCCAAUUUAAGCUCACUCUAGCGGAUAUAAAGAAUACAUACUCACAUAACUUCAGGCUUGUGUAGGCGCUCACGAUUGUGCGAUUUUUGUUUAUACAACAACUGGCGAGUAUCACUUUCUUGUGCAUACGCAUGUAAACAUUUCAGUGACACUCUCAGCUCUUUGGUGACUGAUAAGCCGCUCAAUUACAGCAAAUUCAUAGUUCAUUUACGUAUAACAAUUUGGUCAACUAUUAAGAUUAUUUGACUAUAAAAAAAUGGAUUUCAUAAGUACUGAAGUGCCGAGUAUGUUGAAUGAGGACGAUAAAUCGCAAUUUUCUCCGACGGCUUUAACAUUUGCUGGAGUUAUAACAUUUAUUAUAAUGAUCGUGGGCAUCUUUGGUAAUUUUCUCACCGUUGCUGCUUUGUAUAAAUGCCCCAAAGUUCGAAACGUAGCCGCUGCGUUUAUAAUAAGUCUGUGUAUGGCCGAUUUAUUAUUCUGUGCUAUAGUACUGCCUUUCAGUGCCUUAAGAUUUUUAAAAGGUAGGUGGACCCAUGGAGAACUCCUAUGUAAACUGAUACCUUUCAUUCAAUAUGGAAACAUCGGUGUAUCGCUACUAUGCAUUGCAAUGAUAACAAUCAACAGGUACGUUAUGAUCGCUCAUCAUGCUUCAUACGCAAAAAUAUACAGGAAACAUUGGAUUGCUGUCAUGAUAAUAUUCUGUUGGGCAUUCUCUUACGGCAUGCAGGUACCAACACUUUUAGGUGUGUGGGGAAAGUUUGACUAUGAUGAUAAGUUGGGAACAUGUUCGAUUAUGAGCUCGCAUGGCCGUAGCAGCAAGACCACACUUUUCAUCACUGCCUUCAUUAUACCCGGCAUGGUCAUAAUUGCUUGUUACACAAAAAUAUUCUGGGUUGUACGCCAGUCCGAGUUGCGACUGAAAACACAUGCGAAUCAGCAAAAUUCCAUUCCUAACAAUUUACGACCUAUCCAAACGCCAACGGGGACGGUAAUGGAAAAUGAACUACACAGAGUGUCAUCUAACCUGGCUUCGGACAGUAGCUUCUCCACAGAUGUGAAACAGGAAGCCGUACAAAAGCCAUCACGCAUCAAGGAUCAACGAGAGAUGAGAGCUAAACGGAAUGAGUGGCGUAUAACAAAAAUGGUAUUGGCCAUAUUUUUGUCGUUCGUGAUCUGCUAUCUACCAAUAACGAUAGCUAAAGUAGCCGACAAAGAAGUGGAGUAUCCUAAUUUCCAUAUAUUCAGCUACAUUAUGCUCUAUUUGUCCGCCUGUAUAAAUCCAAUAAUAUAUGUUAUAAUGAACAAGCAAUAUCGAAAAGCAUACAAGACGGUAAUUAUGUGCGAACCCGCCAAGUUAUUGCCUUUUAGAAAAUCCACCGCGGGGGGAAGUAGUGCUGCAGAGAAAUGGAAAGAUACCGCAUUGAGCAACAACCACAGUCGAACAAUGGUCUCACAAAUGUCAGUGGGAGAGCAACAAAAUUGCAAACCGGACAAUGUGCACCAACCACAACAGUGCAAUUCCAUGGAAUUAACGAACAAAGUGUUCACACAGAGUCCCUUGGAAACUACAAAUUCAAUAACGGAGGAGAGCAUACCUGCAAAAAACAAACCAACAAUGCUCCCCGGAUCACUGCUCGUGACACAAGUAUCCCCAUUGGCCAACCAUUCGUCGCAUUCCCUACAAAGAGCCCCAAACAAGGAGCAUCGCCGAAUAGUUCUGGUAGGGGACGACAUCAUACUGGAGGAAGAGGAAGAUGUGGCGACUCCAACUCAACCGGAACCAUCCAUCUACCCAGAAGUAAAGACGAAGUCAAGCAUGAGCAAGGACGGUGUCCUGAAGAAAGUCCCAUCUUAUGGUCAAAACAUAAAUGUCAUUCCAGAUAAUGAUGUCAAACUUAUAGAUAAACCAAAAAUUUAAAAGACUACUUGAUAUGCUUUAAUAUUGUUACAAUUUUUAUAUUUUUUACAUGGCUUACCAUAAGUAGCAGUUAAGAAUACACGAAAUAAUUUAUAUUUAAAAUUAUAAUAUAAGAGACAAAUUGACUUUUACUUUGGAGUCAGUAGAGCUUCGAAUCAAUCAAGAAAAGGUAGAGUUUGAAACUCGGAUGAAAAAUGUACAUUUAGCUUAGAGUUACUUAUAUUGACUAGGAUUUGUUAAUAUCGUUUAAACAGUAUUUUUCCAUUGCAACCGACAUAUAUAAUACAUACAUUGAUGUACAGUUAUAAAUGUAUGUAUUUGUGUCGAUUAAUGGAUUUCGUAUUAAGAAACGUGUUUAUUUAUAAGGACAACAACACUAUGUUUAAAUUUAACAACUCCAAAAGCAAUUGUUUUCAUACAACCAUAUAUAGUGCAUCAGCAUAGUCCACUUGUUUAUUAUAUUCUUUGUAUUGAGAACGAAUGUGUCAGAAUUGUAAUCAGAUAAAAAAAAGUCAGGUACUAAAAUAAUAUAUUUUUAUUUAUUAACCUUUGAAUGUUUGAUUAUUCAUAAAUUAUUAUAAUCGCUUUUUGAUACAUACAUACAUAUAUAAAAUGUUUUCAUUUGCAUACAGAUUAAAUAAUUCUUGUAUACAUGUUUAUAGAUGGAGUAAGUUUUAAUAUUGACGAUAUCGAAUAUUACUUUGUAUAUAUCUAAGAUAUGAGUUUAAUAAAUUGUAAAGCAUAUACCAAAACAUAAAUAUAAAUACACUACAUUUCGGAAUAAGUCGCAAAGGAACAUGCAACUAAUACACACAACGUAGAAGAAGAAGAUUUUUGUCAACAUUUGCCUAUUGAUAAGUCUUUAUGCUUGAAAAAUACAUCAAUUUAAAA